AUGUCAAUUUAUGGUGAUGGGGUGGACGAUUCAGUUGACGCUGUACCUGAAGGAUUUCAGGACUUUUUUGAGGGAGCCCGAGUUUCAUUGACAGGUGGCUUUGGGGAUGGCACAUGGGCCACUGGGUUCAGUCCAGGGAGCUUCAAUUAUCCAUCCCCUGAGCUGCCAGGGGCUCGACAUUUGGAGGAUGGAGGUUCAUCACAGGCUGCCUGCCUGCCAUUGCUUAUCCAGGAGGAUGGCCCCUCAAUUUGCCUUGACACCCAAGAUGAAAUGACACCACAAUUGCUCGGCAGUAGUGGCGACAUGGACCCUUUUCUGAUGAGUCGCUAUCAAUACGACACAUCUGGGGCUUUUCACUUCAAAAACCUCAAUAUCCAAUCUGUAUCCUCAGGGUCCGACCCAACGCAGUUUUUAUUGUCAAAACGGUCAAUAUUUGCUGCCAGCAGAGAGGAAAAUGGAUGCGAUAACCUUUCGACGGUUGAGUUGAAGCAGGAACUCGAAUCCUUGGUCCCUGGAUAUAUUGGCCUCAGACUCAUCAAUAUAUUUGAGAGGAUCGUCGCAUCGGAUUACCCAGUGCUUGGUCCACCAGGCCAACUAAAUCCCGCAACCAGCCCGCCGUAUCUUCUUGCGAGUGUAUACCUAAUAGUCGAGCCCUUCACUAAAUUCGACGAAAAACUUUGCAUUGAUCUCGCAUACGAUAAGCCAUCAGGUGCGGCACUUUAUGAAAUUAUCAACAAAGCGCUUCCAUAUGAGAUACAUGCACCGAAGCUAUGUAUCGUACAGACAAUGCUUCUUCUUACCAUUCGACCCUAUCCAAACCCAAUUAUAUUGGAUAGUGGCUUCAAAUUAUCCCAACUCGCCACUCUUAUUGCUUGUGCUCACACCCUCGGUUUGCAUUUGGAUCCAAAGUCGUGGCGAAUACCUUCAUGGCAAAUUUCUCAGCGACGUUGCUUGUCUUAUUUCAUCUAUUCGACAGACAAGUGGCUUGCAUUGAGUCUUGGUAGGCCGCCUUUACUGCAUUAUGAUAAUUGGCUCGUGACAAGUCCUAGCAAAGAGGAUUAUCCUGUCAGAGGCCUUCACCCUUCAGCUUGGUCAAACAUUAAGAAGCGAGCGGAACUUGAUUCUCUUCUCGACCGUGUUCUAACCCAGUUGUACUCUCCUCGUGCCAUUAACGCCAUGCGUGAAGAUUAUGAGAAGACCGCCGCAUCGACUGGUCCACUGCUUCAAGAUCUCUUUUCGUGGCAUAGCCAGAUAGUUGCACCAUCGCGCAAUUCUUCAUCAUCAGAUCAAGACAGACCAGUGGCAAUAGAGAGAACUCUCGAGAUGAACUAUCAUUACAUUCAUUUGAGUAUUUGCAGAGCUAUUCUAAGGCCAUUCCUGCACCCCAGUGUCGAAGAAUUGAAUAACUCAUAUUAUAUAAUUGCGCGUGAGCAGGCCCGAAGUCGAGCAGAAGCCUGCAUCUCGGCAGCAGCUGAGUUUAUUCAUGAGUUAAAGGCCGAGGACCUUGAGACCCUAUGGCCGGCCUGGAGUGCGACCGCAUUUUCAUCCAUCUGUUUCCAAAUUCUGCACAUGGCCACAAGCUCCCUUGAUAGGAGCGAGGCGGAUAAAUGGGUCACUUGUCUCCACCAAGUGCGCCGGGACAUGCGCUUGAAGGCCGAUGUUCUGCCUUGCCUCCGUCUUGGCCUUCUGCGAAUUGACUCCAUAUUCUGGAAGGGAGUAGAUAAUGUGCUUCAUUUGGAAGAGCAUGUCCGGCAAGCUUUUACGUCAGCUUCUUGA